AUGAGUAGAUAUCUAGCACGAUUCUUGGUAUCUAGAUACUUCUCCUCUGCUUCUUCUCGUCCUCUACAUGUUUGCAUCGUUGGGAGUGGACCUGCUGGUUUCUAUACUGCUGAUAAGUUAUUGAAGGCGCAUGGGGAAGCACGCAUUGAUAUAAUUGAUCGGUUACCUACACCUUUUGGACUUGUUCGGUCUGGUGUUGCGCCUGAUCAUCCUGACACUAAGAAUGCCAUUAACCAGUUCUCGCUUGUGGCGCAACACAAGCGUUGUUCUUUUUAUGGGAAUGUGAAGCUUGGAUCGGAUUUAUUACUUUCUGAGCUGCGGGAUUUGUAUCACGUGGUUGUACUUGCAUAUGGUGCUGAAAGUGACAAAGAUCUUGGCAUUCCAGGUGAGCGUUUGAGUGGUAUAUACUCUGCAAGAGAAUUCGUUUGGUGGUAUAAUGGGCAUCCGGACUAUAGCAGUUUGAAACCUGACUUGAAAAGGUCCGACACAGCUGUUAUUCUUGGCCAGGGUAAUGUAGCUCUCGAUGUUGCUAGGAUUCUAUUAAGACCGACAACAGAGUUGGCGUCAACUGAUAUUGCUAGGCAUGCUUUAUCUGCGCUGGAAGAAAGUUCUAUAAGGAAGGUAUAUCUCAUCGGAAGACGGGGGCCAGUUCAAGCAGCAUUGACUGCUAAAGAGCUUCGAGAAGUUCUCGGGAUUAAGAAUUUGCACGUUCGAAUAAAGGAGACUGACUUGAAUGUAACUCCGGCUGAUGAGGAAGAAAUGAAAAACAGUAGAGCCAGAAAGAGGAUCUAUGAGUUACUGUCCAAGGCUGCUGCAGCAGCAGGAACAUCCGAAGCAGACCCUGAUCAACGAGAGCUGCACUUUGUUUUCUUCCGCCAACCUGACCAGUUCUUGGAGUCAGAUGAAAGAAGGGGCCAAGUUUCCGGUGUAAAUUUGGAAAAAACCAUUCUUGAAAGUGUUGAAAGCGGAAAGCAAAUUGCAGUCGGUACAGGAGAGUUUGAGGAUCUUAGCUGCAGUAUGGUGCUGAAGGCCAUUGGUUACAAGUCGGUUCCAAUCAACGGUUUACCCUUUGAUCACAAGAAAGGUAUUGUCCCGAAUGUAAGUGGUCGAGUAGUUAGUCAAACUUCAGGAGGCAUAUCACAGAAUGAGCCCGGCUUAUACGUAUGUGGAUGGCUCAAAAGAGGACCAGUAGGCAUAAUUGGCACAAACCUUUACUGUGCGGAAGAAACAGUUGGUAGCAUAAGCGAAGACAUUGCAGAAGGUGUUUGUACGAGCGUAAAAGCAGGAAGCAAAGGACUGAUGGAAUUGCUGGAGAAGAGAAAUGUGAAGAAGGUAGAUUUUAGUGGAUGGGAGAAAAUUGAUGCCAAAGAAAAACAAAUGGGGAGUGAAAGAAACAAGGACAGAGAAAAAUUAGUCUCAUGGGAGGAUCUUUUAGCAGCAGCAGCCAGCUAG